GUCUCAGUGGCGGUGGGCCGUCAGCAGCAGCAGCAGCAGCAGAAGCAGCAAACGUUGACGAACGGGUGUGCGCGCGUGUGUAUUGUACAGCAGCAGCAGUGCUCGGCGGGCGGCGGCCAUCGAACGCGGUGUUUCCGAUACCGGCCGGCCGGAAGUAAACGUUCUUGUCGUAUUCGGAUCUGUUUCCGGAAAGCACAAACACAAUCGCAUAUAAUUUAAUUAUAUUAUAUUACUGUAGCUGAGGGAUCGAAAAACUUCUGUUUUCUCUGUUCCUGAUUUCAUUUAACUUAAUUUCGGCGUUGUCCAUCACGUAUAAUUAAAUACAGUAUAAGUAUAUUUUUGAAAUCUUUUCCUCGCCAUCGAUUAUAGUGACCAGUGUCGUGUGGAUCUGCGUGUUCACUGCGGGACAAACGGAAAUCGGAAUAAUUAUUUAAAAAAAAAUAAUAAUAAAAAACAAAUGAGAUAUUGAGAUUGAAUUAAAACACGCGUUUAUAUCAAUUUCUGCACGCAUACAGUACUCGAACCAACGUAAUUGUAGGCGAAGGACGCCUGGAGAGUUUACAAUCCGAAAGGAUUAAAAUCUUCAUCAAACAAUGACUCAAUGGUUUGCUCGCUGGAUGAAACAAUGAGUACAUUUAUGGAAACCUGUAAUGAUACAGAAAUGAACUCGACAUUUAAUUUCAGUUUGGAAGAAGUAUAUUCUAUUUUGUUGGAGCAUAGACGUGAUUCCCGAAAUUUAGAUAAAAGUACUGAGACUCUGCUGAUAAUAGUGUACUUGGGCCUGAUGAUCGUCGGGCUGUCGGCCAACCUUACCGUGAUUUACGUGGUUGCCAGACGUGCUCAGAUGCACACUUCCCGGAAUCUCUACAUCGUCAACUUAGCCGUUUCCGACAUGACUCUGUGCUUGGUAUGCAUGCCGUUCACGCUGACGUCGAUAUUACGACACCAGUGGACCAUGGGCACAGUGUUGUGCAAGCUCGUGCCGCUGUUACAGGGCACCAACAUCAUGGUGUCGGUGGGCACAAUCACGGUGAUCGCUAUAGAUCGAUACUGGGUGAUCGUCCGCGGAUCCGCGCAAAACGAACGGCGCACGGUGUACGUGUCCAUAGCUACCGUGUGGUUGUUAGCCGUCUUGACCACGUCGCCUGUUGCUUAUUAUCAGGUGGUCGAACCGCUAAAAUUCCAACAUGUAGUUUUAUAUGAAUCUUGUCGAGAAAAAUGGCCUUCGACCGAUAUCAAAGUGGCGUAUAAUAUAGCAGUAGUGCUCAUUCAAGCAGUACUCCCCGCCACUGUUCUUUUGGUGGUUCAUAUUCGUAUUGCAGCAUAUUUACACGCACACACUGCUUCUCAAAAGGACUCAAGGCGUGCACAGCGAGAACUUCAAAGAAACAAACGGACCACUCUACUCCUUAUAGGAGUGGCGGUCGUCUUUACUGUGAGUUGGCUUCCACUGGCCGUGUUCUCGUUGGCCGCCGACCUGAUGACCAAACCGAUAACAACUAAACAGCUGUACGUAACUCUGGCGGUUUGCCAUCUGACCGCCAUGACAUCAGCCAUCUCAAACCCGAUUAUUUACGGCUGGAUGAACUCCAAUAUCCGCAACGAGCUGUAUCAACUAUUCUACGCAAAAAUCUUGAGACGGCGACCGGGAAACCGGUCCAUGGCGACGGCCACGACAACCAUUAGGAACAGAACCCGGCCUUUGAUCACGUACAACACUUCGAAUUACAUGCCUGGAAGUCAAGAGACGUUUUCAAGAGGAGUCACUGUGCUUUAGGCAUGGGCUGUGGAUGACCACGGCCGUUCCGCCGAAGGGGCAACGUUUCUAGAAUUUGUUUUCAUUUCUUUUUUUCGAAUGUCAUCCCAUCCUCAAUCGCGUUAUUGAGGCUAUCGAUAUUAAUUUCCAACACGAAAAGUUACAUUAUUUUACCAUUACGAUCGUAUAUAUAUAAACCAAGAGGUUCUUAACCGGUGAUCCAUUGUCGUAGAUGUCUACUCGAGCUUUUAUGGAGUGGCUCUAAAUUUUUUUUUAAGAUAUUGACAUUUUUUUAAUGAUGCAAACUAUUUGAAGACUUAGGUUCACCUGCGGUUACGGUAUUCAUUGUUAUAAUUCAAAUAAAAUUAUAGCAUUUUAUAAUACUUUUUUAAAUUAUCAUUAAAUAAUAAUCAAAAAAAAAAAAAAAAUUGUUUUUAUUUGUGGAUUCAUCACUAUACUUUAUAUUAUAAUAAAGGGGUGAAUAACCCAUAAAAAGUUAAGACCAAUUAUCCACUGAUAUAAUGAAGAUAUCAUGGUUUAUAAUUAAAUUUACCUAUACGCAGUAUAGGUACAUACAAAAUGUAACAGAAAUAACUUACAAAUGUAAUUUUAACCAACUAUGUAAUAACAUUAAAAUAACUAUAUAUAAUUUAUUAUACCAACAGUUAUUACACAGUUGUCAACUAGAUAAUAUAGUGUAAAUUCUUUCUGUCACACUUCGUAUAUAAUUAAAUAAAUACGUUUGUACUGCCAUGGCCCAUGACUUAGUUGAUUGAUUAGUGUUUCCUUUUUUUUUUCGUUCAAUUUUCAACAUAAUACUGUCAUUUAACGCUUCUUGUAAAAUCAUAAUUAAU